GCCGCGUCAAACGGAGAUAACCGAUCAAAUUAUUACAAGGCACAGAGGGGCCUCGGGCGAACUAUAUGCGCAGAAGAACAAAUUAAUAUAUACACAUAUCUAAUCUAAUCAAAUUUACUCGUCUCAAAACAAAAUGAACUGUUUGUGUGAUUUAGUGUUGUGAUUGUGAUGUUUCUGUCGUUUAUAAGCACAAUUGAUUGAUUGAUCAGUAAUAGGUUGAGUGGUUUGGACACAGGGAUUUGUGUUACAUAAAAGGAUUGAUGUUACGCUCGAAAGGCGGCUCGGGACUCCUGUGAACAUGACCUAGUGCCCCAUGACAGCGCCACACCUCUUGCCACCACGCCAUAGCCCGACGACCUGACACGAACACAUACAAAAUCAACAAUGCUGCCGCGCUGGCUGCUCCUGGCGGCAAGCUGCGUGCUGCUGGCCCGGCCGGCCCACCCCCAGGGCCCACAGCAGUGCCCCGCGCCCAAUACCAUCACCCCUUGCAGCUGCACCGUCAAGAAGAAUGGCCUCGACAUCCUCUGCGAGUUUACAGAGCAGCAACACAUACAGAAGGCAAUGAACACUCUCCGCUCCAAGCCGAUGAUCAUCUUCUACCUAAAGCUUCGUCACAACAACCUCGCCAAGCUGCCCUCGUAUAUCUUCCUGGGCCUGGACAUCCGCCACUUGACUGUGCACAACAGCAGCCUUGCUGUUAUUGAGGAUUCGUCUCUCAGUUCCAUUGGUAACAAAUUAACGCAGUUGGACGUGUCCCAGAACAGCCUGGCUACGAUACCAACGUCAUCGUUCACGCAUCUCAACCAUCUGCUCAUACUCAACAUGAACCAUAACAAGGUGACUGCGGUCCACAAUCGCGCAUUCAUGGGACUUGACACUUUGGAAAUAUUAACUUUGUACGAAAACAAAAUCUCUGUUGUUGAUGGCGAGGCGUUCAAGGGCUUGGAGAAAAAAUUGAAGCGGUUAAACCUCGGCGGGAACGAGCUGACUGCCGUCCCGCAGAAAGCGCUCGCUCUGCUGGAGAAUUUGAAGAAACUGGAGAUGCAGGAGAACAGGAUCGCCACCAUUUCUGAGGGAGAUUUUGCAGGUCUACGUAGCCUAGACUCACUAGGUUUGGCCCACAACCAGUUGCGCGAGGUGCCUGCCCAGGUGUUCUCACACCUGACAUUCCUCAACUCUUUGGAAUUGGAAGGCAAUCAGAUCCAGAGGAUCGAUGAGAAGGCAUUCGCUGGAUUGGAAGAAAACCUGCAAUAUCUUCGUUUGGGGGACAAUCGUCUCCACGGGAUCCCCUCCGAGGCGCUCCGCCCCCUGCAUAGGCUGAGGCACCUGGACCUGCGCUCUAACAACAUCACCUACAUCAGCGAGGAUGCUUUCACUGGCUACGGAGAUUCCAUUACGUUCCUCAACCUUCAGAAAAACAUGGUACACCAGCUUCCGACAAUGGGCUUCGACAACCUGAACUCGCUAGAAACUCUCAAUUUGCAGAACAACAAGCUUCAGCACAUCCCUGAGGAGAUAAUGGAACCCAUUCUGGAUACACUCCGCGUCGUUGAUAUCAUGGAUAACCCUCUAAUAUGCGACUGCGAGCUCGCAUGGUACGAGGCCUGGCUGGCAGGGUUGAGGGACAGGGACGACGAGAUGAUGCAGAAGAAGAGGACAGUUUGCACGAUGGUGAAUGAACAUAGAGAAUACAGCGUGGCAAAAAUGCCACUGGAGAAGAUGAACUGCAAACGGAAACCAGCCUACGGACGCACGUCCAACUCCCCAACCACACAUCCCACGAUCGCGAUCACAACGCUCGCGAUAAUUCCUUGGUGGCUUUAAAUCUAUAAACGAUCUAUCGGUAUUGGUAUAGACAAAGAGAGCUCUUAUUUUGCACUCAAACACGUUUGCAGCGGACGGGUUAAAUCCCAAUCUUGCUCUCCCUAUACCAUCGCCGAUGAUCUGUGUAGAUUAAAUUAAUCCGUUAAGUUAACCCUGUUUGUUUGACGCGAAGACUCAACUCGGACCAGCUGUGGCCGGAUGGACCGACGCGAAUCUUCACAAGGUAAGUUCAGUUCAAACUAAGGUGAUGAAUUUGUGCAAUAAAAUACGAUACAUAUCAAUUUUGGGCUGAUGAGAAACAAAUUUAGUAGUAUUUUGGAGCGGUAGCUUGGUAAGAUGGCGGUUAUGUCGAGUAAGUUAGUGAUACGGUAUUUUUACACGUUAGACGACCUCUUACGGUAUGCCUUACUAUAGUGUAAUGUACCAAGUAGUGAGAACGACUUGACACCAGCCUUUGUAUUCACAAACGAUUGAAUUAUUUACUUAUUAAAACGAAUUAAGUUCUAAGAGAACUGGAAUUCCUCCAAAGAACCGAUUUGUAAAAAGAGGUGUAGAACAAGAAAUAUUAAGAAGUAUUGAAGCCAUGAUCUAUUAAGUAUCAACUUCGUGAUUCGAGUUGGUUUUGCGUGUGUCAUCGGAUAAGGUUCUAUACGUUUGUGAACAGAAAGACAGUUCGGCAUUCUAAUACUAUAUGUCUAGGUAUCACUGAAGUAAAGUUUCAAUAAUGCAAAGUAUGUGAGAAUUACGCGCAGGGACUUCUAUCGCGAUAACUCUUGUUAAUGUGAUUUCACGAAUGAGCUAAAUAAUCUUGAGCACAAAACUUUUCAUUUAAGUACCUAUUCGUAAUGCCCUUGAUAUAAAUUCUAAUAUUUUUUAUCAUUUACCCCUGCCUUUACAAAUGUAAUUUAAUGUAAGCUUUUACGCAUUUACGAUGUUGACUAUUUAAAUAUUAUUAUUAUAUUUAUCAUGUAAGAAAGAAGAAUCGGCUAGGAGUUUUUAAGCUAUACUUACGUGUACUAUAUUCACAUAUCUGGCCCUAGCUUUGAAUAAUCUUAUUAUUUUUUGACUUUAAAUAAUUGAUUUUAGUUAAAGUUUUACGAUAAACUUGUAUUCCAUUUAUUUUAGGUUUAGAUUUUUUAAUGUUAUUUUUGUACUCCUUAAUUCUUAUAAGAAUUAUGACUUGCUAAUUGUGAAAACAAAAUCCCGUACGCAUCAUUUACUUUAGAACAAAAGUAGGGAAAUCAUUUAGUUGUAGAUAUCUGUUUAUCAAAAAUUAAACAACUAGAGCUCAUUAAUGUUCGAUUUGGUGUAGUCCUAGGGUUAGGUAGUUAAGUGUUAGAUAAAUUUGUCGAAUUGACAUGGUUGAUAUGUUGAAAAUAGUUAUUCCUUCUAUUUUAAUGUCUUUACAAUGAUGUUUUCCAGUAAUAAAAGAAGAAAAUCAUUUUUAGUUUCCUAACUACCUAUAAUUAAAACCAAAAUAUUUUAUAGCAUCGGCUUAUUUAACAUAUUAUUUGUUUAAAGCUUUAUUACAUUCUAGUUAAUUAUAGUUAUUAUAUUUGCUAUAAAGGUUAAUGGAUAUUGAGUAGUUGUAAUAAAUGUGACUUUAGACAUCGUUUGCAAAGUUUUUUGUUGCCAGUUUCAAAACUUCCUGAAAUAACUCUU